AUGAAGAUUGAGAAUCGAACUUUUAUCGUGUCCGGAGGGUCCUCCGGCCUGGGACUUGCCACCGUACACGAUUUACUCAAGGCUAAUGCCUACGUAUCCAUAUUCGACCGUUCGGUACCCCCUACGAACCUACCCGGUUCUCACGUCCGCUUCUUCAAAGUGGACAUCACUCAAGUCAAGGAAAUCGAGGCCGCUGUAGAUGGCACCGUGGAAUGGACACAAGAGACAGGCGCGCGGCUAGGCGGGGUCGUAAAUUGCGCGGGCGUUGCAUCUGCUGCAAAGAUAAUCGACAAGAAUGGUGAACCUCAUCCCCUCGACCGAUGGGAUUUCACCCUUGCCGUAAACGUCACUGGCUCCUUUAAUCUCAGCCGCAUCGCUUUGAAACACCUCGUCAAAGUCGCUCCAGAAGAUACCGCGGAUGGUGAGCGUGGAGUUAUCAUAUUUGUUUCGAGUUCCGCAGCGUUCGAGGGGCAACCUGGUCAGACCGCCUAUGCUGCCAGUAAAGGCGCGUUGCUCGCUAUGACUCUUCCUAUGGCUCGCGACCUGGCGAGAUAUGCCGUGCGCGUGGUAACCGUCGCGCCUGGGGUGUUUGCUUCAUCUAUGACCGCUAAUUUCGCGGAGAAGACUCGACGGAGCCUCGAAUCGAAUGCGAUUGUCUACCCUGCACGUCUAGGGAUGCCGGAUGAAUUUUCGAGGACGGUGAGGUGGAUUGUCGAGUGCCCUUAUGUCAACGGAGAGACAAUCAGACUGAGCGGCGGAGGGCGCCUGCCAGCAAAACUCUAG